GAUCGUGUCCCUGAGAGCAAAUGGCUCCUCCUGCAAGAGCUAGACGGAGCUGACCGAGAGGAGUACGGGGGGAGCAGUUUAGAAAAACAUAGAUAACACCCCCCAAAAAACCCACAAUAGCUCGCCGCCUCAAAGACAAGAUGUUUUAGAGUAGGCAAAUGACGGAAUUUUAUAUGCGAUUUGCACGUAAAGAUAUAUUAUUCUAAAUCAGAGAGAAGGGUUCGAUUUUUUUUCUUUUAAGUAAUCAACUCCCCAAAUGAACUCCGUCAGAGCAACCAACAGAAGACCUAGGCGAGUAUCGAGGCCGCGCCCGGUGCAGCCGGAAAGGAACAACGGGGAAAGAGAUGAGGACAUACCUGCAGAUAUGGUUGCAGAAGAAUCCGGUCCAGGAGCUCAGAACAGUCCCUACCAACUGCGCAGGAAGUCCCUUUUGCCCAAGAGAACCGCGUGCCCAGCGAAGAGCAGCAUGGAGGGUGCUUCCACCUCGACCACGGAGAACUUCGGACACCGUGCAAAACGCGCCAGAGUGUCGGGAAAAUCACAAGACCUGCCAGCCGCCCCCGCGGAGCAGUACCUGCAGGAGAAGCUUCCGGACGAGGUGGUGCUGAAGAUCUUCUCCUACCUGCUGGAGCAGGACCUGUGCCAGGCCGCCUGCGUGUGCAAGCGCUUCAGCGAGCUCGCCAACGACCCCAUCCUCUGGAAGAGGCUGUAUAUGGAGGUGUUUGAGUACACGCGUCCCAUGAUGCACCCUGAGCCCGGAAAGUUCUACCAGAUCAACCCUGAAGAGUACGAGCAGCCCAACCCCUGGAAGGAGAGCUUUCAGCAGCUGUACAAAGGAGCACACGUAAAGCCAGGCUUUGCUGAACACUUCUACAGCGACCCAGCCAGGUACAAAGGACGAGAGCACAUGCUGUACUACGACACCAUCGAAGAUGCCCUGGGCGGAGUGCAGGAGGCUCAUUUCGACGGCCUGAUAUUCGUCCACUCCGGGAUCUACACCGACGAGUGGAUCUACAUCGAGUCGCCAAUAACAAUGAUCGGCGCAGCCCCUGGGAAGGUGGCGGAUAAAGUGAUCAUUGAGAACACCAGAGAUUCCACGUUUGUGUUCAUGGAAGGGUCAGAGGAUGCCUACGUGGGCUACAUGACCAUCAGGUUCAACCCCGACGACAAGUCUGCUCAGCACCACAACGCCCACCACUGCCUGGAGAUCACCGUCAACUGCAGCCCCAUCAUCGACCACUGCGUCAUCCGCAGCACCUGCACAGUGGGCUCAGCAGUGUGUGUGAGUGGCCAGGGGGCGUGUCCCACCAUCAAGCACUGCAACAUCAGCGACUGUGAGAACGUGGGGCUGUACAUCACGGAUCACGCACAGGGCAUAUAUGAGGACAACGAGAUCUCCAACAACGCGCUGGCGGGGAUCUGGGUGAAGAACCACGGCAACCCCAUUAUCAGGCGGAACCACAUUCACCAUGGGAGAGAUGUUGGGGUCUUCACCUUCGACCAUGGCAUGGGCUACUUCGAGAGCUGCAACAUCCACAGGAACCGGAUAGCGGGCUUCGAGGUGAAGGCGUACGCCAACCCCACGGUGGUGCACUGCGAGAUCCACCACGGCCAGACCGGCGGCAUCUACGUGCAUGAGAAGGGGCGGGGCCAGUUCAUCGAGAACAAGAUCUAUGCAAACAACUUCGCCGGCGUGUGGAUCACCUCCAACAGCGACCCCACCAUAAGAGGGAACUCCAUCUUCAACGGUAACCAAGGAGGCGUUUACAUAUUUGGCGAUGGGCGGGGCCUCAUCGAAAGCAACGACAUCUACGGCAACGCCUUGGCGGGGAUCCAAAUCCGAACCAACAGCUGCCCCAUCGUCCGGCACAACAAGAUUCACGAUGGUCAGCAUGGGGGCAUCUAUGUGCACGAGAAAGGGCAGGGUGUGAUCGAGGAGAACGAGGUGUACAGCAACACCCUGGCGGGCGUGUGGGUGACGACGGGCAGUACCCCCGUGCUGCGGAAGAACCGGAUACACAGCGGCAAGCAGGUCGGUGUGUAUUUCUAUGACAACGGGCACGGUGUACUGGAGGACAACGACAUCUACAACCACAUGUACUCGGGCGUUCAGAUCAGAACCGGCAGCAACCCCAAGAUCCGGCGGAACAAGAUCUGGGGCGGUCAGAAUGGUGGGAUUCUGGUUUACAACUCUGGCUUGGGGUUCAUUGAGGACAACGAGAUCUUCGACAAUGCCAUGGCCGGGGUUUGGAUCAAGACAGACAGCAACCCCACACUCCGGAGGAAUAAAAUCCACGAUGGACGAGAUGGAGGGAUCUGCAUUUUCAAUGGAGGGAGAGGGCUGUUGGAAGAGAACGACAUCUUCCGGAACGCCCAGGCGGGCGUGCUCAUCAGCACCAACAGCCACCCUGUCCUGCGCAAGAACAGGAUAUUCGACGGCUUCGCCGCCGGUAUCGAGAUCACGAACCAUGCCACGGCGACACUAGAGGGCAAUCAGAUCUUCAACAAUCGUUUCGGAGGGCUUUUCCUGGCGUCUGGAGUCAACGUUACCAUGAAAGAUAACAAAAUCUUGAACAACCAGGAUGCCAUCGAGAAAGCUGUGAGCAGAGGCCAGUGCCUCUACAAGAUAUCCAGCUACACCAGCUACCCAAUGCACGAUUUCUACAGGUGUCACACCUGUAACACGACAGACCGGAACGCCAUCUGUGUGAACUGCAUUAAGAAGUGCCACCAAGGGCAUGACGUAGAGUUUAUAAGGCAUGAUAGGUUCUUCUGCGACUGCGGCGCUGGGACCCUGUCGAACCCCUGCACCCUCGCCGGAGAGCCCACGCACGACACGGACACUCUAAAAGGAGAGGGAGAGAUACCCGAACGGCAAAGAGAAGCAAUAUGUUGACUCAGGACUGGGGAGUCGUGGCGACGGCUGCAGCAGCAAAUUGGGGGAGGGGCUAACGAGAGACUGCCUCGGUCCCUCCCACUGCCCCGCCCCCCUCCCGACGCCAGUCACACGGGGGACGGAAGCGGAGUCGUCCGGCCGACGGGUUUUUUGUACAGAACGACACGGAUGGAGAGACGUGUGGAGCCAUAGAGAGAGCACAGCGUGAGAGGGCGCUUUCCUCGACAGGAAGCAGAGCCAUCCCCGCACUGCUGCCCUGGCAACUGUCUCUAGGCAACGAGCGUGCUGGUAUAUGUGUAUGGUCAUAAAAUAAUAAUAAAAAAGAAACGAUGUGAUUUAGCACUUCAGCUUUUUUUUAAAAAUAUGUUAUUCUGAUUCACAAAUAUGAUUUUAAUGCUUUUCUCAUGUAGUUUUGUAUUUUCCAGCAAAAAUCUUACUGUACUUGAAUGUCUUUUAUUAUUGUUAUUAUUAUUAUUAUUAUUAUUAUUAUUAUUUUGUUAGUUCACCUUAGGCUUGCUGUAAUCAUAUUCGUGUCCCAGUAUAUAAGUUCUUUCUGUGAAAGAGAAUAACAAAAAAAUAAUAAUUUUGGAAAAGAAACACUAAAAAAAAAUUUCUUCCAGCAAUGUUAUUUUAAGUGUAAGUUGUUGAAGAAAAGGAAAAAAAAAAAAAAAAAAGCAAGUGAGGCGAGGCGGGUUUUCAUGAGACUGAGAGAGGCGGUCGUUUGAAAGCGAAGUUUCUCGCCCACACGGUCAUUUCUGCAUUUGAGCUCUUCAGUCAGACAAAGAGGGUUCCGCUUCAAAACAGCAACCCCAAGGAAGGUCUUUGUUUGACGUGUAUCGAACAUUUACUAGUCAGCCUAGCAAGGCCCAUUAAGAAUGAGUGGUGUCCAGCCGAACACUCUUCUGAGGUUCAUUGCAUAACAUUGGCACCAUUUGUACAUCUGAUCUGUAUUCGGCAUUGGUGAAACGAAGUAUUCAGAGAAUGGCCAUUUCCUUUUAAAUGCAGCAUACGUCUGACCGUAAACGUGAAUACUGUUCAGAACCUUUCAUUACUAAAUGAAAUUACAUUUACAGCAGAUUUGGAGCCAUUUGUGGUGUUUAUUGUCAAUGCAGUUUGCCUGUAAGAAUGGAAAGGUGAACACUGCCUCCUGAGUACAUGUACAGAGGAAUCCUUAGGCCCGGUGGUAUUUUCAGGGAUUCAAGGAGUGAACAAACUAAUGAAAAACAUAGAUAUGUUAGGGUAUUAAGCCAGGGGGAUACAUCUAAGUGAAUUGGUUGUUUUAAUAUUAUCGUUUGUAUUAAUUUAAGCGGUUCCCCAUUUUAAAGUUUUGUAGCCACUGUAGAAGUGUAAUCCGUCUCUUGAAAACGCUGCCAUUUCAAGCCUUCAUGGUUCCGCCAGCUGGGACAUGACGCUAUAACGUCGCUGCGGUGUUUUUAGCCGCGGCACGGCGUUGCUGAAAUGUCACCGCGACAUUUUGAGAACAUUGUGUUAAUGGAGGCUGCCCUCUGGGUGCCACCGACUGUUUGAGUGUUUAAAAAAUAACAAAAUUUAUAAAAAAAAAAAUAAAAAAAACAUUGCUGGAGAUAAAAUCUGAAGCUUCUAUGUACAUUGAAGCAAAGACGUGUACCCAUAAUGCCCUGUUGAUAGCUUCCUUUUAUCUGAUUUUAUUUUUAUUUUUUUUGCUUCAUCCAUGUGUAUUGGUGACUGUGGCUUCUGCUGCUUGAAGUGUAUGCAUGUACCAUAACAUCUAGACUUAAUAUAUUGUGGAGUAUCCAAUAACCAUUAUGUAGAUGCUAGUGUGAAUUAAAGGGGUUUAAUUUCCUAUGAAAGAUUUCCAAAAAAAAAAAAGAAAAAAGGAAAUUGGUCAUUUUUUAAAAAAAUAAAAAAAUAAACUUUA